CAGAUAUCAACACAAUAGCUUUAUAAACCUAGUUAUUUUUCCAUCGCCUCCUUUCCCUCUAUGCUGCUGCAAAACCUAGGUUAAGACUUUUUGUUAGGUUUUCAACGGCUUUCUUCGCACAAUGGUUCUUCAAAACGAUAUUGAUUUGCUGAAUCCUCCAGCUGAGUUGGAGAAGAGAAAGCACAAGCUCAAGCGUCUUGUUCAGUCACCAAAUUCAUUUUUCAUGGAUGUGAAGUGUCAAGGCUGCUUCAACAUAACAACUGUGUUUAGCCACUCUCAAACAGUUGUGGUAUGUGGUAACUGCCAGACUGUCUUGUGCCAACCAACAGGAGGAAGAGCCAGGUUAACUGAAGGAUGCUCAUUUAGGAAGAAGGGAGAUUGAAUGGUGCAGUAAUCAAACUUUUCUUUGUCCAUGGUUGAAGAGUUUUGCUUCUUAGGUUUCUUAUAUGAAAUCAAUUUUAGCUAUGCUAUAUUAAUUUUGUUAAGUUGUAACUCUAUUAACUCUGGCCUUUCAUGAUGAGACUUAAUACUACUCAAUCCUUUCUUUAGUACAGUUUUUGGAUAUUUAUUUUGCAGAAAAUUUCCUCACUGAAUGAGUAUGGUUUGGUUUGGAUA